AUGCGGCUCCUCCUCCUCCUGCUCCCGCUCCUCGCCGCCGCGGCUGCCGGCGCCGCCCGCGACUCCGACGACCCCUUCCUCUCCGGCGCGCAGGCGAACCACAGCUACAACAUCGACUGCGGCGGCGCGGCGGACUUCACCUCCGCCUUCGGCCGCCGCUGGCUGGCGGACCGCUUCUUCUCGGCGGGGGGCAACGCGGGGAUGGUCGCCGAGCCGCACCGCUUCCCGCAGCCGCAGGAGCGCACGCUGCGCUUCUUCCCGCCCUCCUCCGCCGGCAAGUCCUCCUGCUACUCCCUCCCGCUCGCCCCCGGCCGCUACUACCUCCGCGUCUUCUCCGUCUACGACAACUACAACUCCAAGCUCCGCUCCCCGUCCUUCGACGUCUCCGCCGCCGCCACGCUCGUGCUCUCCUUCCGCUCCCCGUGGCCCGAGACCGCCGCGCGCUACGGGGCCUACUCCGACCUCAUCUUCCCCUCCGACUCCUCCUCCUCCUCCGACGCCACCGACGUCUGCUUCUACUCGCUCUCCACCGACGCCCCCGUCGUCGCCUCCAUCGAGGUCGCCCCCGUCCACCCGCUCGCCUACGACGGCGCCACCACCGGCGCCGACGUCGUCCUCGUCAACUACGGCCGCCUCACCUGCGGGAACGGCCUCUUCGGCCCGGGCUUCACCAACGACUCCGACGCCUUCUCCAGGGUCUGGCAGGCCGGCACAGAUUUCCGGAACAACGACCUCACCUACGACGCCAUCACUGCCGGAGGGAGGAAGAUUUUCGGCAGCAACCAGCCGCCCAAUUACUUCCCCACCAAGAUGUACAGGUCGGCGGUGACCACGGGCGGGGACGCCUCCAACGAGAUCGAGUACCUGAUGCCGGUGGACACGAGGAUGUCCUACAUGGUCUGGCUGCAUUUCGCCGAGAUCGACGCCGGGGUCAGGGCCCCUGGCCAGAGGGUGUUCGACGUAAUGCUUGCCGGCAGGAAUGUGACCAGGAUCGACAUCUUCAAGCAGGUCGGAGGGUUCACGGCCUUCAAGUGGACAUACAUUGUGGAGAACCUGACCAGCUCCACCAUGAGCGUCAGGCUUGUGCCGGUGGUGGGGCGGCCGAUUCUGUGCGGGCUCGAGAAUUACGCAAUGGUGCCCCUUGAGACGAGGACGGUGCCGCACCAAGCGGCUGCGAUGAAGGCCCUGAAGGAUUCACUGAAAAUUCCAGCAAGGAUGGGGUGGAACGGGGAUCCAUGCGCGCCGAGGACGUGGGAUGCAUGGGAGGGAGUUACUUGCCAUCCCGGUAACAAAGGGCUUGUGAUCACUCAGCUGGAUCUUGCAAGUCAAGGACUGAAAGGUUUCAUCACUGAUGAAAUAAGUCAUCUGACAGACUUGGUAAGCUUGAACUUGAGCUCUAAUUCCUUGACCGGAAGCUUGCCACCAGGUUUAGGCCAACCUUCACUUGCAACACUGGAUCUGUCGUCGAACCAGUUUACUGGGAGUAUUCCUGGCACCAUAGGCUCAUCUAAAUUACAGACUGUUCUACUAAACAGCAAUGCACUUGAUGGGCAAGUUCCAGAAAAGCUUUAUUCCGUUGGCGUACAUGGUGGGGUGAUAGAUCUCUCAGGUAAUAAAGGCCUGUGUGGGGUGCCUACUCUACCCGCUUGUGCAUUAUUCUGGGAGAAAGGAGGGUUGAACAAAACCGGCAAAAUUGCACUUGGAGCCUCGUUUGGACUUCUUCUGCUUGUUAUACUUAUAGUGGUCUACAUAGUGUGCAUAAGACGGGGGCCAUACGAUUAUGAUUUCGAGUUCCCUCAAGAUUUGACCUCGAUAUCAGCAAUCUCCGCGAAAAGGAACAGGUAUCAGCGGGCAAAGUCCGUGAUGCUGGCAGAGAUGGACGCCCACAACACGGAUGGUUUCUACACGAACGGGAACGGGAACACUCGAUAA